AUGUCGCUCAUUCCAUACAUGUACGACUUUGAGAGGCCUUUUCGCAUGAUGGAGAGGGAAUUCUUCAGACCAAACGACUUUUUCGGCUAUUCUCCGUUCAACCAGCUGAUGCCACGAGAAUUCUUCGGUCCUUCUUUCUACGGGCACAGGGACAACGUCUUCAGACCAUUGGAGAAAAUUUUAGAGCCAAUGGAACAAAUGUCGGCUGCCAUGAAUCGACUAGCGGUUCUUGCUAUGCCUUCCAUAGGAGAACGUAUAGUGCCAAUAACACACACAGGACCCGUGCAGAAGCAGCUGGGGGCUCCGGAUUCCGUGAGUGAAGAAACAAAAUAA